AACGAAGAAGAAAAGCCAUACACGUGCGGGGGUUUUUUUUGGUUCCACUGCAGAUUCAGUCUUCUCUUAAUUUAAUGUUGUUUAGCCAUAUAUUGAGCAGCUACACGAAGGCAGUUCGCCUGAAAACACUGUUGCUGACUGAAAGCAAACAUUGCCAUCGCUACAAAUCGUUUGCUGCCGCCAUGUCAGAGGCCCUGGACAAGCUGGAUCUGGAUAAUGCGGCCAGAAGGGCAGCCAAAGCUGUUGAGGAUGAGGCUGUGAAGGAUACGAACCGCAUCAAAAGGAAUUUAAAGCGCAAAAAGUGGGUGGACUGGAAGACGCAAGACGAUGAAGAGGCGGCAAACGGCACCAAACGCGCCCCCUUCGAUCCCGCCGAUCGUAUAAAGCGAAAGAAAAGUGCCAUACUUUUGAGCUACUGCGGUGCCAACUACUAUGGAAUGCAGCGUAAUCCGGGCAUGCAGACCAUUGAGGAGGAGCUGUUCAAGGCCAUGCUGAAGCACAAAUGGAUAACGGAGGACAGUUACGACCAGGCGCAGAUUGCCUGCUUUCAGCGUGCCGCCCGCACCGACAAAGGUGUGUCGGCUGCCCGUCAGAUCUGCUCUGUCAAGCUGCCCGAGGAGCUGGACUUGGAGGCCUUCAAUGCCGAUCUACCUGAGCAGAUCCGUUUGUUUGGUGUGGAGCGCGUAACCAAGGGCUUCAAUGCCAAGGAUCAGUGCAAUGCUCGAACCUACACGUACACAUUGCCCACAGUGGCCUUUGCCUCCUGCGAGGCGGAAAGCGACCAGGAUACGUUUCGUAUAACCGCAGAGCUGUUCGAUAAGGUGAAGGAGACGCUGAAGCUCUACGAAGGCACGAAAAACUUUCACAAUUUCACCAGCAAAAAAAACUUUUUGGACCCAUCAGCCAAGCGCUUCAUCAUGGGCUUUACAAGCAGCGAGCCCUUUCAAAGUCCACAGGGUGUGGAGUUUGUCACGCUAAAGGUGAAAGGCCAGAGCUUCAUGUUGCAUCAAAUCAGGAAAAUGGUUGGCCUGGCCAUUGCCAUUGUGCGGGGCAACACGACGGCCGUCACACUGGAGAGGGCGCUGACAGAGGAACGACUGGAUCUGCCCAUGGCUCCUGGCCUGGGCCUAGUCCUGGACACUGUUCACUACGAGCGCUAUAACGAACGCUAUGGCAAGGAUGGCAUACACAAUCCGCUGACGUGGGAGGCGCAGGAGACGCAGGUUCAGGCCUUCGUUGAGCGUCAGAUCUUUAGUCAGAUUUACAAAACAGAAGCCGAGCAGCGCAACAUGCUCGACUGGAUAGGCACACUGCACUUCCAUUCGUACGAUACGCGCAAGGAUGAACCACCGCCGGUAGCGGCGGGUGGAAAGUCCAGCAAGGCAGAGGACGACAACGAUGAGUAAUCAUCAGCCUUGGGAUUAUGUAAAACAGUUUUGUUUAAUUAGUGUUUUGAAUAAAAAGGCAUUUCGUAGGCUUAGAA